CGGGCAGCUGCCGCCCUCCAGGAAACUACCACAACGGUUAUUGUAACCCGAAAGUUGAAGACGAUCAAGAUCCAACCUUACUUUUGGAAUUGUUCAAGAUCUGAGAUCAAUGAGAAGCCCUUUUUGCAUGCAAAAAAGGAUCAUUUUGGUUAUCCAUUUUAAAAUUGAACGUGACAUUUGGUGACUCAUCUACAGGAUUUCUUUGGGGACCUCUGAGGAACGAAGUACUUUUCCAACCUAUACUUCUGUAACACUAUGACUAACUGUAAAGGCAGAUCUACCAUCACCAAAACAAAUAGCAAAGCUCAUGACAGAGAAGGUUUUGUUAAUUGGACCAUAAAUCUUAAUACAAUUCAGUCUGAUAAAUUUUUGAACCUGCUUUUGAGUAUGGUUCCUGUUGUUUACCAGAUAAACCAGGAGGAAAGACACAAAAAAGUGAAUGGUGUCUGGCAAGAUGGAUUGCAGACAGCAGGACACAAUUUUAAUGUUAGAUCUGAUCAGCAUGUGGAGUACCAUCACUUCUCAGAACCCACUUUCCAUGGUAGUAAUGGACACAGCCCAUCUAGCUGUAGCCCUAAAUAUGAUGAUUUUUCCAGUUACAAUUACUGUGAUGGAAUGGAYGCUUCAGAAACAGAUGCCAUGUUGCAGGAAGAUAACUUAUCUAGUGACAGUAAAGAAGAUGUCAUUGUGGAAGGGAGCAGAAAACAACCCAAAGAGUCUAGUAGUAUUAUGGCAUUACAGAUACUUGUGCCAUUUUUGUUAGCAGGAUUUGGAACUGUUUCCGCUGGCAUGGUUUUGGAUAUUGUGCAGCACUGGGAUGUGUUCAAGAACGUUACUGAAGUUUUCAUCCUAGUUCCUGCACUCCUUGGUCUCAAGGGAAAUUUAGAAAUGACGUUGGCAUCCAGACUAUCGACUGCUGUAAAUAUUGGGAAAAUGGAUUCUCCCAUUGAGAAGUGGAACCUAAUAAUUGGCAAUUUGGCCUUAAAACAGGUUCAGGCAACAGUAGUUGGCUUCCUGGCAGCAGUGGCAGCAGUUAUAUUGGGCUGGAUUCCAGAGGGCAAUUUUAAAUUACCAUUUUCUUGGAAUUUCCUGAGAGAAAUAGAUAUGUUUAGCAUACUUUCUUCUUUGUUGAAUUUAGGAAUAAUAAUGGUUGGAGUUAUUGUUGGAUCAAAGAAGACUGGUAUUAAUCCUGACAAUGUUGCCACUCCUAUAGCAGCAAGUUUUGGAGAUCUUAUCACUCUUGCUAUACUAGCAUGGAUAAGUCAGGGUCUUUACACUUGCCUUGAGACCUAUUACUAUGUAUCUCCUUUGGUUGGUGCCUUUUUUCUGGCUCUGACUCCCAUGGGGAUUGUCAUAGCUGCCAAACACCCAGCAACCAGAACUGUUCUCCAUUCAGGAUGGGAGCCUGUUAUAACUGCUAUGAUUAUAAGCAGUAUUGGUGGCCUUAUUCUGGACACAACUGUAUCGGAUCCUAAUUUGGUUGGAAUUGUUGUUUAUACUCCAGUAAUUAAUGGUAUUGGUGGUAAUCUAGUAGCUAUUCAAGCUAGCAGAAUUUCUACCUACCUCCAUUUACACAGCAUUCCUGGAGAACUGCCAGAAGAAGCAAAGGGUUGCUAUUAUCCAUGCAAAACCUAUUAUGGCACAGGAGUGAAUAACAAAUCAGCCCAAGUUCUGCUUCUUCUGGUGAUCCCUGGGCAUCUAAUUUUCUUGUACACUAUCCAUUUAAUGAAAAGCGGCCAUACAUCCUUAACUCCUAUCUUUAUAGCAGUAUAUUUGUUUGCAGCUCUGCUACAGGUGUUUACUCUAUUAUGGAUUGCUGACUGGAUGGUUCACCACUUCUGGAAAAAAGGAAAGGAUCCUGACAGUUUCUCUAUCCCUUAUCUUACGGCACUGGGAGAUCUGCUUGGAACUGCCUUGUUAGCCGUGGGUUUUCAUUUCCUGUGGCUCAUAGGUGACAGAGAUGGGGAUGUUGGAGAUUAAUUAUUCUAGCGGAUGCAAUUGAUGACUUUUUUUCCAGAAUAUUGAGAAGACUGAUCGUUCCACUUGAAGAUCCUCAAAGCAAUUGUUCCAUUUAGUAUGAGUAGAUCAAACUGACACAGAUAUAAAACAGCCUUAAUAUUUUGGGGUUUUGUUGUUGUUGUUUUGUUUUAUUUUUGUCUUUUUUAAAAAAGAUGGACCUAGGAGGAGUGUCAAGACUCUGUAAUGAAAACAAGAACUGCUGCUAAUUGAAAACAUCCAGGUAGAAACAGUGAAGAGCAGAUCAAUCUUUUACCAACUGUUUCUUUUUAAAAAGAUCUGGUCUUUUAAAAGAAUGAUGCAUUUCAUGUAGUAUGAACCAAAAAAAUCUCUAAUUGAUCAUUCAGUGGUGAUGAGGAAGAUUGUGCCAGUCAGUGGUUUGACUUGUUUUUUUCUCUCCUCCAAAACAAAGUGGAUAUAUAUUUUCAUCUUACAGAAAUCUUACAUCUUUCACUUACAGAAGUGACUGGUAGACCUCAGAUGAUUUCAGUUCUGCAGAUAUCACCUUCCUCCUUGAUGAUAUGUUCCUAUCUUGCAAUUCUAGUGCUACAGCUCUCUGAAUGUUGCAGGCUUUACAUCAGUAAUAAAUAUUAUGGUGAUUUGAACCCUGAUUGUCUAAACAUUUUGUCACAUGCUUUAUUUUAAAUAUACUAACAUGACCAUCAGCAUUUAUAAAAUGAGACAUUUGAAAUGUGUCCACAGGAUUGAGCCCUUUUCCUUCUCUACUAAAAAGAGCAAGCUAAUUAUUUUGCUGUUGCAAUUUAUUAGAACCAAUGCAAAGUAAUGAUGUAGAAUGGGACACUGAUCUGAUCGAAAAGGAUUGGAUAAAUAUUUAAAACUAUUGGUGUUGAAAUGGGUAUUUUCAUUUAGCAAUUGGAAAGAUGGUUAAUCAAUAUUAAUGGUGUUGUGACGGCCCUGAUAUUUGAUAUACUUAAAGAGUAUGCUGGUAUUUAGAUUUUAGUUAAAUAUUUAGAGGUGCUGAUUCAUAUGUAAGUAUUUAGCCCUGAUUAAUAUCUGGAGCAUAAAAGAAUAUGUUGCCUUCCUAGACAGGAUGCAGUUACAUAAACWUUUAAAAUUUCAAACUCUCUCAUCCAUUCCGUAGCAUAAAUCUCCAGUGUUACUAUCAGACUUUCUGCUUUAAAAGUUUGGUGUAGCCCACAGUGUUACUGCUUCUGAGUACACWGUACUGCUUCUGGAUGAUUUCUCAUAUUUGUAUACCUCAAUUUUUCAUAUAAUACAUUGCUAUGUCGGGACUCUGGUCAUUACUUUGAAAAAAUGUACUAAUUKCUCUGUUUUAAAAAUUAGUGAAAAUUCCUUACAGCAUAUGUUUUUAAAGACCCUAGAAUACAUUCUAAAUACAUAAUGAUAUAAAAAAAAAUCAAACUUUAAAUAUUAUUAUAAAAAGUUUUACUUUUGAGAUUUAAACAAAAUACAUAUAUCUACAUGUUGUAAUUCUGUAAACAUUAAUCAUAUGAGUUUAUGUCCCUUUUAAUUUAUUGGACCUACUUGGAUGAAUUAAUUUAAUCAUGUGCUAAGUGUUAGUGGGAAUUUUGUAGGUGUUGGUCACCUUAAAUUCUAUGGCAAUUGAAAAUGUUUGCAAUUCUGAAAGCUAAACCAGCUAUCUCAGUGCCUACACUGAUUUAGAUGCCUAACUUCUGCCACCUCCUUUAAACAUUUUUUAUUUAAGCUUUUUCAUACAGUUAUGAUAACAUAGUUGGUGGAUAAGUCGUACGUAUUAAAUCUCUUGUUAUAUGAAAGAAAGAUAAAGUCCGUCUAAUUUUAGGCUGUGACUUUUCUUAGUUUGUAU